AGAAAAACUAGGCGCGUGGAAGAUUGUGGGGGUAGCGCGAACAGCAAUCGCCGAGCGAGUUCACUCAUUGAGUUGGCGAGAGAGAGUAGAGAGAGAGAGAAAUGGCAUUCACAGCCCGAGCUCUGAAGGUUCCGCCGAACUCCGCGAGUCUUGAAGAAGCCAGAAAUCGAGUUUUCGACUUCUUCAGAUCAGCAUGUAGAUCAUUACCAACAAUCAUGGACAUCUACAACUUAGACGAUGUCGCUACCAUUUCUCAGCUCCGCUCCUCCGUCGCCUCCCAGAUCCGCAAGAAUUCUCACAUCAACGACCCUAAGGUGAUUGAUAUGCUUCUUUUCAAGGGAAUGGAAGAGCUUGGUAACAUUACCGAACAUGCAAAGCAGAGGCAUCACAUCAUUGGUCAGUAUGUGGUCGGUAGCGAAGGGCUUGUGCAAGAUUUGGGCACCAAGGAUCAGGGCAUAUCCAAUUUUCUCAAAAACUUCUACAAGAGUAACUACUUUUAAACUCCACUGUUCCUUGAAUAUGAGACGUUCCAUAGUUUUAAAUUUGUGGUCUUCAGAAAUAAUGAAGAAACUGUAUCUGUCUCCUGCACAAUGAUGGAUGCUAUUUUGAUCAUUUUGUUGGAUUGAAUUGUUGAUACCUUUAUGAUCCACUGUAGCUUUUACAGAGGCAAAGCAAUCCAAGAUCUUUGGUUCUUUA